GGAAAAUCCCGAGGUUGGUCCGUUAGAGUCACCUGACCGAUGGUAGCUUGGUUGCUUUCGUACCGAGAAAAAGGUUCCCUGUUUCCGAGAGAGACCAAGGGCAGCGGCUGCUGCGAACUUUUGCAAGAGUUGUAGCUGCAUAAUUUGAUCACAGCCGCAACUUUGCAGAUGUCACAGAGCAAAGAAAGUUUCGAGGGCGCCUCUGCGUCGGAGGAACCCAGGGGCGGAAAUGAUGAUGAUGACAACAGGGCCAUUUUGGUGUCAAAUAUCCCCCACACCCUAUCAGAUGACAAGGUGGUCAUACACUUCCAGCGAAGGGCUAGUGGUGGGGGAGAUGUGAAACAGGUCAGGAGGCUGUCACCUUCACAGGCCAAGGUCAUCUUUGAAAAUGUAAAAGUCGUUCGCAGUGUUGUUGCUAGGAAACAUGAUCUGGAUGGAGUGACCCUACAGGUCCAGGCUUGGUCGUCUUUCCUUGCGAGGGCUCUUGAGAUGGACAGAGCCAGACAUAGAGAGUCCAACUGUGUUCAGCGUGCUACAGUGCAAAUUCACCAGCCAGUAAGCCAACAAAUAUGGAACUGUUAUGAGCAAAAGAUGUCACAGACAGAUUUAAACAUCUCAUUGAAAAGGUCAACGACAAAUGACACAAUCACUUUGAAAGGGAGCUGGAAUGAUGUGGUUGGGGCCAGAAAUCUCUUCUUUGACUUGCUUUGUGAGGUUGAUGCAGUUGAGUCCACCACAAGUUUGGAUUCCAAAGAGACAGGAUCUAGGAAUGGCCGGAAUCAGGCAGAGGAAGAUGUGACCAACAGCCUGGAACAGCCUCAACUUGAAGACACAUCCUCUAACACUCAUGCUGGUGACAGCCAACAUUGGAUGCAAGCAGCUGUCAAAAAUGAGACGAAGAAUCCCAGUGAAGGCCGGGAAAGAGUAGGUUUGGACGGAAAACAGUGGGAAGGAGCAAGCAAUGCAAGACCGUAUGACAAAAAUGAAGAGAAGAGGGGUACAAGUCGUCGCAGAAGUAAUGCACAAAUGCCAGAGGAUAGCCAGUGGGAUGAUGACAGAGCUAGAGUUACUCGUAGUCAGAGUUCAGAGACAAGAGAAGAGAAUAGGCUAAAAGAGGAAAUGGAAUAUGGGAGACAGGCAAACUUUCAGCAGUCAACAACUACUCCUGGUGGCACGUCAUCAGCAUAUGGGAAAAGCAGCAUGGGAGUAGUGGAACCACUGCAGGAAGGAAAAGAGAAGAAUUGUGGUGCAAGUAGCAGCAGGAGUACCGCACAAGUCACAACGAUUGAUGAAAGCAGGGUUGAUAACAUGAGGGCAUUCGUUCGUAGUCAGAUUUCAGAGCCAAGAGAGGAAAACUUGCAGAGGGAAGGGAGGAAUGAUGGAAGGCCGUCAAGCUUACAGCGGUCGAUAAGUGCCCCCGGCAGUGCUUCAUCAGUGCAUGAGUCAAGCAACACAAGAACAAUAAGACCAAAACAAGACACACCACAACUCCCUUCCUUGCUAGAACCUUCACGCUCAAGAGGAGGACCAACCGCAAAACACAGUUCUGGAAACAAAAUGUCAGGAACAUCUGUGAAAACUAGUUCUACAUUGCACAGUGAGACAGCUUCUGCAGCUGAAGAAUGGAGGAAUGGACGACCCUGGUCCCAUUCAGAUGGAAGAACAAGACCAGGUGGAACAUACACGUUGGGAGAUAUUUCUGAUGAUGAGGAAGAUGUCAUCAGUAACAGCAAGAAUACAAGCACAGACACUGUAGAACAGCCUGUAGAGCCUGACAUAUUAUCUUACAUCAUCAAAGUCCACCAAUCAAAAAUCAUGGCCAUAACAGAGAGACACAACGUCACCUUCAGGCACAGUGAAAAUAAGACUGUGGUGUAUUUCAAAGGGUUGAAUAAGUAUAAUGCAGAAGAUGCACUAGAAGAUUUUAUCACUUUGUACCAGGGUCUUCACAGCAAAAUCAAGUCUAUUCCACUGGACACAAAUAUGCAUGAUGUCAAACCAGAGACUUGCUCAUAUGCUGUAGAAUGUGUGCAGAAAUCUUCUCCAUCUGUCUACAUCAAGAACAGGGACGGAAAUAUAAUCGUCUUCGGGGAUGAGUCUGAGGUUCGUUCUGUAAGAGCAGAGAUCUGCUCCAUUUUGAAGAUUUCAGAGUCAAGGAGAAGAAAACCACCCCCAAGCAACAUACCAACAUCACCUAGUGUAGGACCAGGACAAGGCCAAGCAAGUACAAAUGCUGUCUUGGCCAAUCCUGGACUAGUAGGCAAAAUGACCUUCAGAGAUAGCAUAAAAGGUGUCCAGAUCUGCGUAGUUGAGGGUGACAUCACCCAGCAGAAAGUAGAUGUAAUAGUUAACGCAGCCAACAGCUCGCUAAGUAUGACCUUGGGAGUAUCAGGGGCUAUCAGCAAAGCAGGAGGAAGCAGCAUCCAGACAGAGUGUGACGCAAUUAUUCGUCAAAGACGCUACCGGAACCUGGACACCACUGACUGUGUAUGGACCAAGGGAGGGAAGCUUCCUUGCAAAUUUGUUAUCCACGCAGUCGGCCCACAUUACAGUUUAGCAUUUGGUGCACACAGAAGUCAGCAGGACCUACAUGAUACAUGCCACAAGGUGCUCAGAAUGGCUGCCUCUGAGCUGAAGGCUGUGUCCAUUGCUAUGCCUGCCAUCAGUUCAGGUGCUUGUGGCAUGCCCAGGGAUCUUUGCGCUGAGUCCAUGUUCAGUGCCAUCACAGACUUCAUAGAGAAUUCCAAAGAUAACAGCCUUGUUGACAUUCGCAUCAUCGACAACGACCGAAGAGCAGCUGACGUCUUUUCUGAUGCCUUCGGCAAGAUGCUGAGAAAGUUCAACGCAAGUAAAGGCCACUUGACAAGUCCCAACUUGCAGCCAGUGUAUCCACCUUCUGGCUCAUCAACUAGUCCAGGCACAAGUUAUCCUGGUGCAGGGUCCACCUCAGUAUCCCAGGGGACCGGUCAGACAUCCUCUAGUCUCCGGCUGUCCUUCAGCAGUGGACAGACAUCAACUACUAGUAACUUGUCAAACGCAUCAUAUAGUGGUUGGGGGCAAACACAUCAGAACAUGUCAUCAGGAGUGGCAUCAGCAUCCCCUCCACAGUACCCAGGUCCAACAUCAACAUACGUCAACGCAACGUCUUAUUCUUACCCACAUGGAACUGCAACAACACCAAGAUAUCCUCAUCCUACUCCAAACUACUCAACAUCAUCACCCUCUGCUUCUGGAAACUCAGACAAAGAAGACACUUGUCCAAUCUGCCUCUGUGACUUCACUAGGCCGGUGACAACACCUUGUAAGCACAGGUUCUGUGCAGACUGCCUGAACGAUGCCAUGAAGGUUUCUGGCCAGUGCCCUGUCUGCAAGUCUGUCAUUGGACAACUGAAAGGCAACCAGCCCCAGGGGUCGAUGACACAUCACACUGACUACCUAAACCCGGGCCUUUCCGGGUAUGAAAGUCACUCAACAAUUGAAAUCAGCUACUACUUCUCUGGUGGUAUACAAGGGCCAGAGCACCCAAACCCAGGAAAGCCCUACUCUGGAACGUCACGGAGAGCCUACCUUCCAAACAACGUGGAGGGUCGUGAAGUUCUCCGACUCCUACAACGUGCCUUUGACAGUCGUCUGGUCUUCACUAUCGGCACAUCAGUGACUACAGGACAGACUGAUACUGUGGUGUGGAAUGACAUCCACCACAAAACCAGCAAGUAUGGUGGUCCUAACAGCUAUGGCUACCCUGAUCCCCAGUACUUGACAAGAGUGAAGGAGGAACUGGCUGCGAAGGGCAUCAAGUAGUGUGCUGAGCACCCAUCCAAUUACAACAGACCUGUAUACUGGUUCACAAUGUAGUAGACCGAUCCUGUCUGUCCAUCACAAUUAGCCCUUCAAUAAAUGAUAGCAGGGCAAUUAGAAGUUCAUCCAAUGAGGGAGUAGCCACAUAUCUCUAAAAUAGUAGCAUUUUUAUCUUUAGGUGGAGGUCUG